CUUUCUGGCGGGUCUGUGAACUCUCCAACCUCCACAACAGCCUCUCGGCACAAAACCCGUGACCACCUUCCUUGGCUGCCGAGGGGAGCGCAGUCGGGCUGCCACCAUAGCAGGGGACAGGCUGACACAGAAAAUUAUUUUCUAAGGCGGAGUUCUGAAUGCGACGGGACGCUCGGAGAGGGCAGGGUGGAGGGGCGCGGAGGAUCGCGGGGUGCCGCCCUGCUCCCGCCCCUGCUGCGUCCGUCCCGUCCCGUCCCGUCCUGUCCCGUGCCCACCGGGCCCGAGCCCGCGCACGAGCCCGACCCCGCCCGGCCCCCGUCCUUCGCGGCGCUCGCUGCCGCGCACGGGGCUCGAAAGAUGGAGGACUACGGGCGAUUCUUGGCGCUGCUGGCCUCUACGCUGCUGGUCGGCUUCGUGUCGGUCAUUCUCUCCCUGGUCUGGGUCUUGCACUACCGCGAAGGGCUGAGCUGGGACGGCAGCCUGGGGGAAUUCAACUGGCACCCCGUCCUCAUCAUCACGGGCUUCGUCUUCAUCCAGGGCAUCGCUAUUAUUGUGUACAGAUUGCCCUGGACCUGGAAGUGCAGCAAACUCCUAAUGAAAUUCAUACAUGCUGGAUUAAAUACCAUAGCUAUGAUUCUUGCAAUUGUUUCUAUGGUAGCCGUGUUUGAAUUCCACAAUGCCAAGAACAUUCCUAACAUGUACAGUCUGCACAGCUGGAUUGGGCUGACUGCUGUUAUAUUUUAUUCUCUCCAGCUGUUCUUGGGUUUCGCUGUCUUUCUGCUCCCGUUUGCUCCAGUUCAUCUCCGUGCAGCUCUCAUGCCAAUACACGUUUAUUCGGGUCUUACCAUCUUUGCAACAGUGAUUGCAGCAGCUCUCAUGGGAAUCACAGAAAAGCUUAUAUUUGCAUUGAAAAGUCCUGCAUACAGUGCAUCCCCACCAGAAGCAACUUUGGUCAACUGUCUUGGUCUUUUGCUUGUCAUAUUUGGUUCACUUAUUUUGUGGAUGGCAAGCAGGCCCCACUGGAAGCGGCCCCCAGCAGAGAAUGCUAAAAUUCUGAGGCCCAUUGGAGCAACUCCUGAUGGCACAGAAGUAGAAUCCACACUGACAAAGCAUAGUAACGCAGAUAAAUCUGAUCUGAGGAGCAAUACUGAAGCAGCCAGAAAACAAAACAUCAAAUUUGAUGAAGCGGGACAAAGAUCAACUAUGUAAAGAAAAUACACAGAAUAAAAGUACUAUUAUACCACCAAAUUCCCCCUGGUGAGGGUCCUUCUAAUGUAGUUAUAUUGAUAUAUAUUGAUAAGUAGGUUGGGGGUUCAUUUUUACUAUGGCUUGUUGAAAGAUACUCAAGUUUUCUGUAUAUGGAUUUAAAUUCCUAUAAGUCCCAAACAUAUUUUAUUGGUCCAUGACCAGUCCAUGCCUUGCUUAAAAAAACAAGAGCAUGAAUGACAUCACAUAAUGGGAAAAUCACAUAAUUGGAAACUGUCUGCCAUAUCACUUCUUAAUUUAAUGCUUAUAUCUCUUAUAGUCAUGCAAAAUUUAACAAGAUUCAGACUAAAUUUUGCUCUUGAGUGCUUUUGCAGGUUAUGAAUCAGCCAUGAAGUAUACCAUACAGAAUAAUUUAGUUUGUCACACAUAAAUUUUCUGGUAAUGUUCACUUUUUUAAAGCUCUGAUUUCUCUAGCUGAUUAAGCCCCUCACCAGCUGCUAUGUUCUAUGGGAUUUGAGGUCAUUCCACACUUUACAGAGUUGCUUCAUAAAAAUGUUUAUUCCAAAAUUUUUAAUGAAAAAAAGUUUGCUAUAUAUCUUCAUAAAAUGUUAUAUUUCCUUUAGAAACUUUUGGGGGUUUUUAGUCUUGUUUUUUUUAAAUCAGAAUAUAUCUGUUGGCCUUUCAACAAAUUCUACCAAAUAUAUUGUAUAUGGACAAUAUUUGCUUUAAAUUAUGUGCAAUUAUUAGUGUAAUCUAAGAAAUGUUAAGACAUCCAAAUGCAGCAUUUAUUUUAUUUGAAAAGCUAUAGAAACCUGCUUAGAAAAAUGUAUACUUAAACUAAGUCUCCCUUUUAUCCCAGAAGGCAGCAUUUUAGUAUCUUUAUUUGAUUGCACAGUUCUAUUGAUUUAUGGUACUAGACUAGAAAUUAGGAGGUUAGAAACCAGAAAAAUCUGCUUUAGUCUCACAGAAAAAAAAUUAGCUUCAAGUGAGAAAUACAUUCUCCGACACACAGGUGAGCUUUGCUCUUUUAGUAAAAUGCUACUUGUUAACUGGAAGCCAAUUUGAGUAUCUCCAUACUGACAUCAAAAGCAUUAUUAUCAUAGGCGUGAAGACAUGCUUUAGUCUCUAAGCAAUCUAUACAAACUCUAUGACUUUUAAAUUUGAAAUUACAGUUUUAAAUAAUGCAAUUUUCUCUAAACAAUGAAGAGUCCCUACUGGCACUUUACUUUUACAGCUCGUUCUAGUAAUUGAAGUGUGAAUGUAUUAUGCUCAUUCAUUAAUUUCACAAUACAGACAAUAUUUAUACUUUUACUACUAUGGAAGAAUAAUUAUAGUAGAUUAUUUGGAUUGCACAUAUCCAAAAUGAUGUGCCAUUCUAUUAUCUCUUGUAAAAGCUGCAGAGCCCACUACAAAUACAAAUUUACCACUGUUCAUGUUGGAAUAUAGACAGUUUCAGACAGCAAAUAAUUUCCUAUUUUUUAAAUACAUUUUUAUCUACUCCAGCUUUUAAAAACAUUUUAAUACAUUACCCUUCAACAAAUGCACCAUUUUUGUAGUUCACUGUGUGUUAGUACAAACUAUUUUGGACAUGACUUAUUUUGGGUCUUCUCUGUCAAGAAGUACCUCAAGUCCUGUUAUUUCAUUUGUAAUAAUAUUCUAUUAUUUGGUGAUUGCAGUAUAGAAAACUAGCAUAAUAAAAUAUUUUAAAAACUU